AUGACUUCUAUCACUGUUCUUCCAAGUGAGCUCCUCGCUCGCAUCAUCUCCUUCCUUGACCGGCCGUCCCUGAAGGCAAUCCGGGAAACGAGUCGCCUUCUGUCACAGUUUGCUACUCCACGGCUAUUCGACACUCUGCGUCUGUUUCCGGACGAAGAGAGUUAUGAGGCGGUCGAUCACAUUACGAACCAUGCAAGACUGAAGAAAAUGGUCAAGAAGGUCUAUGUCAAUACGUGCGAAGAUGACUAUGACGAUGAUGACGAGGAGGAGGAAGUCGAAUUGACAAAGGAUUUCAAGGACAGAAUCGCGAAAUUCAAAGACUGUCCAAAUGUGCAAAGCGCCGUCUUGCGGUUUGACAAGCAUUGUAGUACCGGCCGCGAGGAUUGGAUGCCAGAGCAUCCAGAGACCAUCGCCUUUCGCACAAAAACUCUUCGUGUCUUCUUUAAAUGGCUGGCCUCGUUCGAAGUACCUCUGCGUGAACUCGGCAUUCGUAACAUGCAAGAUGUCAAUGUCGGUGAUGAUCAAAUAUCCGCCAAUAUCGAGAAAGUGCUGCAGAAUUUACGCACUCUCCGAUUAAGCAUCGUGACGGAGCACAACGAAGCCGCCCCGGAGGAUGACCUUGACUUCCCCGAGCCACAUGACUUCUUUGCGCAGCUUCCAUCCGUGUGGUUGAAGCCAUCCGCGUCAUCUUUGGAGCAUCUGACGCUCUCCUGCGACAACUACUUCGGCUUCUAUCCGAAGCUGGAACUAAGCGAGGUGCAUUUUCCGCACCUCAAAUCCCUCGCCUUUGGUAAUUAUUGCUUUGUGCGGGACUCUCAGCUGGAAUGGAUCCUUUCGCAUGCAGCCACUCUGAACGAACUAUCCUUCGACGAUUGCGCGAUUUUAUACGAUGUGUGCCUCGCCGAAGAGCAUGUGGCCGACAGGGGUCCCUUCAAGAAGAGCGCAAUGGAAACCCGUCGAGAGCUUGAAGGGGUGCGGCAAAACUACUACCUCUCCUACGAUAAGCGGUGGCAUGAUUACUUUGACUCCUUCCGAACAAAGCUACCUCAUUUGAGGCGGUUCCUUAUCGGAAGCAGCGACUGGGGUCAUGGCGUCCCGUUCGAAAAGGAGGAAGAAGUCAAGAUCUGCUUGCAGGAAAAUAGGUACAUGGUCUGCUAUGAUGGAUACGGACCCAGUCCGUAUCUUGAACCAGGCUAUGGUCCUCACGAGUGGGAAAGGGACGCACCCCAGUGCGAUGAGGAAGAUAGAAACUCCUUACGCCUGCUCUUUGAGAAGACGGGGCAGAGAGUCGUCAAGAUCCCGUUCUUGAGACGCUACCAAAAUUGGAGCAGCGAGGACUAA